AUGGAAGGUUUACGUUUAAACUCCGUGAUUCGUUUCCUCUUUUUAUUCGUUUUCUUUGUCUAUUCUCAUAAAUUACUACAAGUCAACGCGAGCGAACCGGUUCUUGAGCUAACCAAAGGCUUCGAAGCUAAACCGGACUCAUCCUUUAACUCGUUUCAGCCACUUCUCACUGACCCGAACGGAAACUUCUCGUUCGGAUUCUUACGUAUAAACGGGUCACGUCUCUCACUAGCCGUAACACACCCGAAUUUAACGGAUCCUCUCUGGGUUUUCGACCCGACCCGUUCAGCAAGCUGGUCACACAAGACGAAACUCAUCUUCAAUGGCAGUCUCGUAAUUACCGAUCCUUCUUCGAGGGUAGAAUGGUCAACUCACACUAACGGAGACCGUCUCGUCCUCCGUAACGACUCCAAUCUCCAGGUGGUGAAAUCGUCGUCUUCCUCCGUCGAGUGGGAAAGUUUCGAUUUUCCCCGAAAUACCCUCGUGGAAAACCAGAAUUUCACAUCUGCCAUGGCUUUGGUUUCAUCAAACGGAUUGUAUUCGAUGAGAUUAGGAUCCGAUUUCAUCGGAUUAUACGCAAAAGUCAGAGAAGAUUCAGAUUCAGAUUCGCAACAGUUUUACUAUAAACGAAGUGCUCUUCAAGCUAAAGCCAGAGUCAAAGACGGGUCGGGUCCGAUUCUCGCUCGGAUCAACCCGAAUGGUUAUCUCGGUAUGUACCAAAUCGGAAACACACCGAUCGACGUCGAAAAAUUCAGCAGCUUUCAAAAACCGGUGAACGGACUUCUGAUUCUCCGGUUAGAAUCCGACGGUAAUCUCCGGGGAUAUCUCUGGGACGGAUCUCAAUGGGCUUUAAACUACGAAGCUAUUCACCAAACUUGCGAUCUACCAAAUCCUUGUGGUCCGUACAGUUUAUGCACUCCUGGAUCUGGAUGCUCGUGCUUAAACAACAGCACCGUGAUCGGAGAGUGUAGUAACGCGGCGACUCCGGUGGAUUUUUGCGGCGGAGAGAAGAUGACGGAGAUAAGACGUGGAGGCGUUGAAAUGCCGUUUAAGGAGUUGGUGGAUCAUAAAACGACGUCGUCUUUGGGUGAGUGUGAAGAGAUGUGUGUAGAGGAUUGUAAGUGUUUCGGGUCGGUUUAUAAUAACGGAUCCGGGUUUUGUUAUUUGGUUAAUUAUCCGGUUCGGACUAUGUUGGGAGUUGCGGAUCCGGGUAAAAUGGGUUAUUUUAAGGUACGUGAAAGUGUAGGGAAGAAAAAAAGUAGAGUUGGAUUAACGGUUGGGAUGUCUGUGAUCGCUGUGAUUGCGUUGGUUUUAACGGUUGCGAUGGUUUAUGUUGGGUUUAGGAUUUGGAGUAGAGAGAAACGAGAUCUAGAGGAAGAUAAUGGGUUAUCACCCGGCCCGUAUAAAAAUCUCGGGUCGGAUAGUUUUAGAUCCGUUGAAAUGAGUCGUAGAUGA